ACAAAAAAUCUACUGGGAGCAUAAAGAACUUGCAUCCUGAACGCAAACCAAAAGCGGGAACACCUGUAGUGGCACACCAGCCACGAUCUCCGACAACCAGGCUGCAUCAGAUACAGAUGCAAGGUCGUGGUAGAUCCACCAUGUUGACCGUGCUGGGUUCCUCGUCUUCAUCCAGUGGAGUUGUCGCUGGUGGAGAAGUAGGAGGAUCGUCAAGUAGCCACCAUCAUGCCAGUCAACAUCUUCA